UAUUCUAUACCACACGCCUACCCUAAUAUGGUCGAACAAAGAAUUGCUAGGGCGAAUUCUUGAAUCUAUCUCCCAAUCCGGUUGAUCCGAUUAAACAUUGAUUUUGAGAUUUGGGGCUGCGAUCGUGACAAUCGAAGGGAAAUCAAGAAUCGAUAAACCUGUUAAGCGGCUUCUUUCUUGUUGUUUGUUUUGCGACUUUGCGUAGACCAACGGAAUGAUCCAAUAAAUUAAAACCCUUCCCACGAAAUCGCACAAUUCAUCUUCAGUUUUCCCCAAAAUAUACCACUUAUCGAUCACCGUUUCUUCUCGUAUUCCUGUCUGUGGGACUUGUAUAAUCAUCUUUCUGAUAAUCACACCGCUAAAACCCUAGGUUUGCACUCCCCGUUGUAAAAAUUUCUAGGGUUUUUCUCGCGAUGGAUUCCGAAGAUGAUAUGCACGAUGCGAACGAUGUUGAUUCUUAUGAAGAAGAUUACUAUAGCGGCGAUGCGAUGUACAGCGAUGAUGAUGAUGAUGCUGGGUAUGAGUUUUUGGAUAACGCUUCUGAUGAUUCCGAUGAUGUAUCAGUUAGUCGGCAACAGAAGAAUUACACUAUCUUGAAGGAAGAUGACAUACGCCAACGCCAGGAGGAUGAUAUCACUAGAAUCUCUUCAGUUCUAUCAAUCUCAAGAGAUUCUGCAUGCAUGCUUUUGCGCCGUUUUAACUGGAAUGUUAGCAAUGUUCAUGAAGCAUGGUUUGCCAAUGAAGAUGCAGUUCGUAAAGCUGUUGGCAUGUUGGAUACUACCAAUAUCAAACCACCAAAAGCUGGAGAGCUUCCUUGUGGGAUCUGCUUUGAAUCAUAUACACUUGAUAGUGUUAGCACUGCUGCUUGUGGUCAUCCUUUCUGUAACACAUGUUGGGCAGCUUACAUUAGCACAUCUAUCAAUGAUGGUCCUGGAUGUUUGACUUUGAGAUGCCCAAUUCCAUCUUGUGGUGCUGCUGUUGGUGUGGACAUGGUCAAUAUGUUGACUUCAGAUGAAGACAAGAAGAAAUAUCGUCGUUACCUUCUUAGAUCUUAUAUUGAGGACAAUAGAAAGACAAAGUGGUGCCCUGCUCCUGGAUGUGAUUGUGCUAUUGAGUUUGAUCUUGGAAGUGGAAGCUAUGAUGUAACUUGCUAUUGCUCAUACAGCUUUUGUUGGAAUUGUACAGAAGAAGCUCAUCGCCCUGUGGACUGUGAAACUGUGUCCAAGUGGAUUAUGAAAAACAGUGCAGAGUCUGAAAAUAUGAAUUGGAUUCUAGCAAAUUCUAAGCCUUGUCCAAAAUGCAAGCGUCCAAUUGAGAAGAAUCAAGGUUGUAUGCACAUGACAUGCAACCCUCCAUGCAAAUACGAGUUUUGCUGGCUUUGCCUUGGUCAAUGGUCAGAUCAUGGAGAGAGAACUGGUGGAUUUUAUGCUUGCAACCGUUAUGAAUCUGCAAAACAAGAAGGAGCUUAUGAUGAAUCUGAACGCAGAAGAGAAAUGGCAAAGAAUUCUUUAGAGAGAUACACUCACUAUUAUGAACGUUGGGCAACUAACCAAUCGUCGAGGCAAAAAGCACUUGCGGAUUUACUACAGAUGCAAACAGUUCAUCUUGCAAAACUUAGCGAGAGGCAAUGCCAACCCGAGACACAGUUGAAAUUUAUUCUAGAAGCUUGGUUGCAGAUAGUUGAAUGUAGGCGUGUGUUAAAAUGGACAUAUGCAUAUGGGUAUUACCUACCUGAGCAAGAAGUAGCAAAAAGACAGUUUUUUGAGUAUUUACAAGGUGAAGCAGAGGCUGGUUUAGAAAGGCUCCACCAAUGUGCUGAAAAGGAAUUACAUACUCACAUUGAUGGAAAUGCCUCUCAAGAGGAGUUCAAUAAUUUCAGAACAAAGUUGGCUGGUUUAACAACCGUGACACGCAAUUACUUUGAGAAUUUGGUGAGAGCAUUGGAAAACGGGUUAUCUGACGUGGACUCACACGGGGCAUCAAGCAAAACAAGCACCUCAAAACACGCAGCAGGGACAAGUAAGUCAAAAAGUGGAAAAGGAAAGGGGCCCACAAAGGGUGGUGGGUCAACUCGGACCGAUGAUUUGACCGGGUGGUCAUGCGAUCAGUGCACUUAUAUGAACCCAAAGAAUGCCACUUCUUGUCAGAUAUGUCACACCAGUCGGUGAUAUUUAUUAAUCGAAGUUGGCUAUGUGUUGACCUUAUGGAAGCAAAAGGAUUGGAGGGCAUAUAAGUUAUUUUGAUUUGUAAUGUGGGGUGGGGUGGGGUGGGGUGUAUAUAGAUGGAUGGUUGGGUUUGUUGUGAUGAUGACUGGUUGGUGGUGAAAGAUGUGUAGAUUUGAUGUUGUUGGUGUUUUUUUUUUUUUUUUUGAAUCGUGGAUGAUUUGUGGUAUGUAAUGUUGUAAUGGAGUUUUAUACAAAAACUUGUUUAUGUGGG